AAAUUAAAGAAAAUAAGAUUUAGUUCUAUUUCGCGCUAAAAAUUGACAUUUAGAGGUUAUAUAUAAACAAAACUAAAGUGAAAAAUUAAUAUGCCAGAAAACAAAGGUGCCCAAAAAAUGUUAGAGAGAGCGACUGUUAAAUAUGAAAAUACUUCAAAUAAAUUCUCCGAACAUCCAGAGGAUUUUAACCGACAAUAUUGUAGCAUAUACUUAGCCCGUCUUCGGGAUAUGGAAACGCUCAUUCGUGAACGUAUUAAAAAUGAAUGGGGUAGUCAAUACGCUGUUAUUAAACUUCACAAAUUAGCUGAAGAGAACAAAGAUAAAUGUAUAGUUAUAGGAACUAUUUUCAAAGAUCAGAAAUUGAAACCUUCGAUAUUAAAAGAAUUAUCAGAAGCCAAUCAACUUGUAGCAGAAGUUGGUCCUAUUCUUGAUAACGAUUUAAGUGAUGAUUCUGAUAAACUAUUUAUAGAAGAUGAAGUUCAGAGAUAUCAAAUAGAAGGUGUUCCAAUAAAAGAAGUAGUCACUGGUAUAACAAUUGCUCUCUUAGGUACUGAUGCAGGAAAUGGAAAAUUCAAAGCAGAAGAUUACGUAUUUCCUGGUUACAGGGAACAAAUAGAAAGACCACUAUUUAUAGAAGAUACUUAUGUUGUGUUUUUAAGCGGACUAGAUUUAAUUAGCUAUGAAAAAAUAAUUUGCAACUUAGGUUUAUUUACGUUUUGGUUAACUGGAAUGUUGGGGGAUACAGAAUCUGUUUCAAAAGUUGUUAGAGUGAUUAUUGCCGGUAAUAGUAUAAGAGUAACGGGUGAAAAAAGGAAACCUACCAUCUCAUUAAUUAGUAGGGUAUCAGAAUCAACUGAAACUAUUGAGGCUGUUAACUCGUUUGAUAAUUUUUUGUCUCAACUUUGUGCGUUAGUAGAGGUUGAUGUAAUGCCUGGAGAACAUGAUCCUUCGAAUCAAAUUUUACCCCAAAAACAGAUGCAUCCUUGCAUGUUUCCUAACUCGAGCAUGUACAAAUCCCUUAAUUUAGUGCCAAAUCCUUAUUCCUGUUCUCUAGAUAAUUUGAAUAUAUUAGGAAGUUCAGGACAACCAGUACAACAUAUAAUCUGGUAUUCGGAAAAUAAUUCUCCAAUCAAAGCUUUAGAAAAAUGUUUAGAAUGGGGACAUUUGGCACCGACAGCUCCAGAUACUCUUGGGUGUUAUCCUUAUUACAAAAACGAUCCUUUUAUCAUUGAGAAAUGUCCGCACGUGUUUUUUGCUGGGAAUCAAGAUGAAUUUGCUACUGAAAUGGUCACAGGAGAUCAAGGACAAAAAGUUAGGUUAAUAAGCAUUCCAAAGUUUUGUAAUACUUUUCAAGCGGUAUUACUCAAUUUAAAGAAUCUUGAUUGUGUUUCCAUGGUUUUUGAUAAGAGUUAAUAUAUAUAUUUAAUAAAAUAACUUUUGAUCGAA